CCCUGAGAGGGAGACCCAGGACCAGACACCUUUCACCCACGGGUGCCGAGCUUGCCAAGGCUGAGGCAAGAGGAGGCCAUGCCCAUGGGGUUUCAGCGACCGCCGCCGGCCGCCCUGUACCUGCUGGGGGUGCUGGUCACUUCCUGCCUCGGGGGGCCCUACUGGGAGGACUCAGGGAACCCAGUGAGACUGACAGGCUCCAGGUCACCGUGCCAAGGGCAGCUGGAGGUCCUCCUCGGGUCCACAUGGCGCAGAGUGUCUAGGUGGAGCUGGAGACAGAACCCGAACCACUGGGAGGACCCCAGGCAGGCCUCGAAGCUCUGCCGGAGCCUCUCUUGCGGGGACGCCUUGGUCUUGGCCCACUUCCCUGACUUCGACAGUCCCCAGGCCCUGGUCACCUGCCAUGGACACCUGGGGUCCUUCUCCAACUGCACCUCCAGUGAGGCCAACCAGAGGAGCCCUCUGGGCCUGAUCUGCCUAGAGCCAAGGAAGACAACACCUCCUCCCACAAGCCCCCCACCCACCACCACUCCAGAGCCCACAGCUCCUCCCAGGCUGCAGCUGGUGGCCGGACCCGAGGGCCUGCGCUGCGCCGGCGUGGUGGAGUUCUACUACGGCAGCCUGGGGGGCGCCGUUGGCUACGAGGCGCAGGACCAGGACGGGACCCAGGACCUGAAGAACCGCAUCUGUGCGGCCCUCCAGUGUGGCUCCUUCCUGAAGCAUCUGCCGGAGGCCCAAACGACCAGGACCCAAGAUCCAGGGGAGAGUAAGCCCUUGCCCGUUCGAUGGAAGAUCCAGAAUGCGAGCUGCGCCUCUCUGGAGCAGUGCUUCGGAAAAGUCUCCCCCUAUGAGGGUGGCCAAGCUCUGGCCCUCGUCUGUUCUGAUUUCCAGCCCAAGGUGCAGAGCCGCCUGGUGGGGGGCAGCAGCUUGUGUGAAGGCUCCGUGGAGGUGCGCCAGGGCAAGCGGUGGGACAUCCUAUGCGACGUGCCCCGGGCCAAGGGCACAGCACGGUGGGAGGAGGUGUGCCAGGAACAGCAGUGCGGCAAAGUCAACUCCUACCGGGUGCUGGAUGCUGCCGAGAAGACCUCCCGCGGCUUCUCCUGUCCCGAGGAGAAGCUGUCCCAGUGCCACCAGCUGCAAGAGAAAAAAGCCCACUGCAAGAGGGUGUUUGUCACGUGCCAGGACACAAACCCGGCAGGCCUGGGCGCAGGCACCGUGGUGAGCAUCGUCCUAGCCCUCGUGCUCUUGGCAGUGCUGCUGGUCGUGUGCGGCCCUCACGCCUACAGGAAGCUGGUGAAGAAAUUCCGCCAGAAGAAACAGCGCCAGUGGAUUGGCCCCACAGGAAUGAACCAGAACAUGUCUUUCCAUCGCAACCACACGGCGACCGUCCGGUCCCAGGUUGAGAACCCCACGGUCUCACCCAUGGAGAACGAAUACAGUCAGCCGCCCAGGAACUCCCACGUCUCUGCUUAUGCAGCUCUGGAAGGGGCCCUGCAUCGUGUUUCCACCCAGCCUGAUAAUUCCUCCGAUAGUGACUACGAUUUGCACGGGGCUCAGAGGCUGUGAGAGAACCAGGCACCAGGCACGAAACAUCAAGAGCCAGACCUGUCUCCUGAGAACACUCUUGCAUCCGCCACCUGGAAAUAAUUUCUGCCCCAGCCAGAACAUGGACCGAGGCAAGGGGGCCUUCAGAUAUGUCCCCUGUCCCUACAGCUGCGGGCUGCUGGAGCCUGGCCCAGGGAAGACCCCCAACACAGCCAGGCUGCCCCUCUGCGUGUGGGAGCCGUGAAAGGCACAGCCCAGAAACAAGACCCACCCCCCCCAAGCAGACAUGUGGGGAGCGGUAGCCAGAGGAAUUGGUUCUCUCCUCAGACUCUGACCCCAGUGAGAAGGAAGCUCCGCUCUGGGGCGCAGGGUGGGACGGGCA